GAUUGUGCGGUCUGCUCUUUCGGCUUAAAUCGCAAGAUGGGCAGAAUAUGUUUUCGGGAUUCGUUUUAUUAUCAGGAUUAAUUUGCAAAAUAUUGUGGAAUAUUCCUAAUGUUUUAUUUGUAUACAGAGUAAAUCUAUGAAAUCAGUUUGGCUUUGUCUGCGAGAAAUGCUGUUUAAUUUGGACGAUUAGGAAGCGAUUCCAUGCGGCAUGGCGAUAAUCAAGCCGGCUCGGAUGCGCGACCGGCGCGAAUGGUCGGAUAUCUCUUUAUUACUCUUCUUAUUGACAUUGGCCUGGCGGUCGGCGUUAGCCGCAGCCACGGUCGGCUACCGGCUGAACGGCAUGGAGUCGUCCUUUCUGCACAUGACGGAAUGGACGCCGUCGCCGGGUAGCUGGAAUUUUUCCUUUGAAUUCCGGACGAAUCAUUCGACCGGGCUGCUGCUGUACGCCGAUGAUGUGCGCAGUCGGGCGUUCGUCCUGCUUCGAUUAACCGAGUCGGAAACCACACAGGAACAUCUGUUGGAGUGCCGGCUACAAAUUCCCACAUCUCCCACGUUACCGGUCAGCCGGCAUCAUGAGCACCAUUUGACAUUGACGCUACGCCGACCGCCCCACGACCAUCAGUGGUCGAUUGUCCAGCUAUCCAAAACAUCCAAUGUUUUCUCGGUUACUUUAUUCAGCAGCCACGGUCAGCACGUGGAGAAGCGCACGCUGCCCAGCGGCAGUGUGUUCACCCAGCCGCCGGUGGCGGUGUGCAUGGGCGGGAUGCCGGGCAAUCUGUCGCGCCCCCUCACCCAUCCGUCGGUUCUCUUCGAGCCGCGCUUCCGGGGAUUGCUGCGGCACAUCAUGUACGAGACAGCCGCGGGCAAAGACCCGCAGGUGGUCAGUCACGGCGGCAUGGAGGUCAUCCACGAGACCGGUCUCUGCGAGAAAGAAAAUCUGGCCGGUGAAAACGACUUUUCGGGGAAGGAUUUCCUGUCGUUUUAUCUUCAACCUCCAUCAACAAUAUUUAUGGACGGUGUAUCGGAAUUUCUGCAUCUUAGUUGUCGCAGCCGGCAAGCGAAUGGCGUGAUUAUCUGCGCCAAAACAUCGUCUAACGGAUUUUUAGCGUUUUAUUUGCAAAAUGGCCGACUGAUCUUUGCCGGUAGAUUUGCCGCGUAUACGGUGCGGGAGGAGUUUGAACCGGACAUUAAGCGGGAUUUCCGGGAUUAUGCGCAGUAUAACAUCAGUGUGCAUCUGCAAAGUGAUCCCCCCGAGAUAACCGUCUCCAUUAAUGGAAAAAGUCGUGCUAAACGUUUAAUAGCCAGUGGAGAAAAAUAUGAAGAAAUCGGGCAGAUUCAAACACUGUUGCUCGGCGGGAUUUCCGAUGCGGAAGUCGAAGAAGCCAAAGUGGAAAAUCUUUUUGACAAUACGGAUAAUUUCCACGGAACGGUGCUGGAUCUGUUUUUGCAACACGGGAACAUCCGGCAUGACCUUUUCACCCGCUCCAUCAAACGCUACCCGCACACCAACCAGUCCGCGGCGCCGGUGACCUUUACCUGCCAGCGCAACAGUAAGCGUUUCUUGGGACCGGUGAAUUUCUGCGGUGCGGAGCAGUAUCUACUAAUCGGCACCGGAAAUAAGCCGUUCAAAUCAUUGUCGGUGAAGUUCAAGACGACGGAAGCCAGCGGCUUGCUGCUGUUGCACCGCGAGAACAACGCCUCCCUAACGGCGGUGGACAUGUACGACGGGCAGCUGGGUCUGCUCAUCCAGCGGGCGGCGGCCGGUGGGCAGCUGGAGGAGGCCAGCCGCAUCCCGGUUUCCACACUCAAAGCCAACGAUGGUGCCUGGCAUGAGCUGAAUCUGACACUGGACGAGCGCAGCGGGAUCGGGCAAAUCCAGCUGGAUGAUGCCGCCACGGAGUUCAUCAUUGGCGGGAGUAAUGAGCCCGGGGUGAAUUUAUACAGCAAACUGACCACGACCCCCAAAAGCAUAAUGUCGCAUAAUUUAUACAUCGGUGGAGCGCCGCCGCGCCGUGAGAACUUGGCUGACCUUUGGUCGGUGCAGUCCGGUGCGACAUUCCGGGGAUUAAUUAAAAAAAUAUCCCUGAACAAGAAGCCGGUGGAUAUCGGCGAACAACUGGACAAAUGGUCCUGCCCGCAUCGUCCCUUCGCCGCCGCUCACUGCCCGUCCAACCCGUGUGCCAACGGCGGAAAAUGCCGGGAGGGAUGGCAGCGGUACACGUGUGAUUGCCAGCAUACCGCUUUUACCGGCCCCAAUUGCCAACAAGCUGCAUCGGAAAUGCGCUUUGACGACAGCAACCCGUACGUAAAAUACGAAAUGCCAGCUGAAGAGGCGAAACCCCGCCAAGUGACCAGCCUGUCCUUUCGCUUCCGGUCGCUGUCUAUCAGUGCUUUUAUCCUGAAACUGUGGUGUCUGAAUAAAGCUGCCGGCGACGUAACGGAUGAUGCCUUAGUCGUUGCGCUGGUCAGCGGCAAGAUAAAGGUCACACUCAGCGCGGAAGCGAUAAUUAACGACAAGUUGGAAUGGACAGUCGGUGAAACGCUCAACGAUGACAAAUGGCAUUUCGUCAAAUUUCACCGCCACGGAAAAUAUGUGAAAAUCGUUUUGGAUAAUUACGAACUCGCCGAAACAUCAGCCACCCUGGACGGCAUCUCCCUGCGUUACUGCCGGCUGGACCUAGGCAAGCAGCCUGGCACCCGCUCCAAGAAGUUCAUCCGCGCCUCCCGACUGCCGCUCACCUCCUCCCACCGCCCUGCACCUCCGACCUCCACUCGUCCCCUCCCGCCCUUCCGGGGCCAGCUCCAGAACCUCCACCUGGACACCACCGACGUCCUUACCCGCCUGCAGACCAAGCCCUCGGACCCCGGACCCUCCAGCUUCUCCUUCCAGAGCCCCGAGGCCUUCGUGACCCUCGAGCCCCUCCAGGCCGACCCCCAGCUGUCCCUCCGCUUCGCCUUCCGCACCGUCCAGACCACCGGGCUCAUCCUCUUCAACGGGAAGUACGCCCAGGACUUCAUCGCCGUCGAGCUGGUCCACGCGACGCUCCACCUGGUCUUCGACAUGGGCAACGGCGCCCAGAGCCUGUCGUCCAGCAGCCGGCGGCCGUUAAAUGACAACCAAUGGCACAGUGUGGAGAUCGGACGUCCUGAGCGGACGGACCAUGUCCUGGUGGUGGACGGGGAGAAGUGGGUGUUGGUCGACGUCAAGGAGAAGUCCCGGCUGAACCUCCAGGGGAGUCUGUACGUCGGCGGACUUCCCGGACGGAUGUUCGCCAGUCUCCCGCGGUCGGUUCGGGCGCAGACCGGGUUCUCGGGGUGUCUGGCGGGGUUGACGAUCAACGGGGUGGUGGUGGAUUUGGUAGGCGGGGUCAAGGUAAAGAGCGAUAUGGUCGUGGCGGGUUGUCAGGGGCCCCGCGGGGAGUGCGGGAAGGGCGCGGUGUGCCAGCACGGCGGACGGUGUGUGCAGCAGUGGAUGGGGUUCGGGUGUGACUGUGAUAUGACGUCUUUCACCGGGAAUACUUGCUCAAACUUUAGCACUGCCUAUCGGUUCGGCCCGCUGCCGGGUUUGGUGAUUUAUCAUUUCGAUGCGGCACAACGUCCGGAUUCGCGAUCCGAUCGCAUUGCGUUCGGGUUGGUGACUUCGGAAGACGAAGCGCUCAUCUGCCGCAUCGGCAGCUUCACAUCCGAAGAUGUGAUUGAGUUCCAAAUUGUUGCCGGUCACCUGUUUGUGGUUUACAAUAUGGGCAAUUAUGCGCAUUUAAUCAGCGAUUUUCAACACCGGCUGAACGACGGUCGGUAUCACAUCGUGCGCUUCGAACGGGAUGGCGCCAAUGCCACGCUGCAGAUUGACGGGCACGAACCGGUUACAAAAGUACCAUCAGGCAAACAACACGACAUCUUCAACGGCAUCUCCACGGUGGAAAUUGGAGGCAAACUCAACGCACGUCACGACGACAUCGAGCGGGCAUUCCAGGGCGUCAUUGCCGGUCUGGUCAUCAACGGCAUUCGCAUCCUGGAUCUGGCGGCGGAUACCGACGGGAACGUGCUGCUGGAAGGUCAUCCCGAGCUAGUCAGCGACAUGGAGAAGGAACUGCAGGCGACGAAUACCUCUUUUCCCGAGAAAGAGCAGCCAGCGGAAUGGAUGGACCAGAUGCAGCACACCGAUGUCACCCACCACGGACCGGACACCAAAGCGUCCGAUGAUCUGUUUGUCGCCACGCCGGUGCCGUGUAAAGUGGAGGAUACAGGGUGUGCACUGACAAACAGUCAGAAAAAUGACGAUCUGAUUUUUGCUUCCUUCACGAUUGUGAAGACGACGACAGUAUUCCCGAAAACGACGACAACGGCGUCGACGUUGUCGACCAUGUCGACCACUGCCAAACGGGUGAUCUCCUCACCGCGCUCAGUAAUCUGUGAUGACGAAGAAGACUGUGAUACAGAGGCGUCCGGCGACGCCAGCCCCCUGGCGGCACGCUCCGCUCUCUCCCGCUCCACCCGCCCGCCGAUCAUCAUCAACGUGACCUUUACCACCCCGCCGCCCUUCACCACCCCCGCCUCCCUUUUCCGCACCGCCGAGUCUAUCCAGACGCCCUUCCCCAAGCCCACCUUCACCGUUACCCCGCCCCCCGGGAAACUAGGCACCUAUCCCACGUUCCCGCCGGCCCCGGUCCUCUCCACCACCGGCGCCCCGCCGGGCAAUCCGCUGGACAUCUUCCGGGAGAACGCGGCGUUGAUUGCCGGGAUCGCGGUGGGCGUGGUCAUCCUGGUGGCGUUGAUUGUGUUCCUGGCGGUGCGCUAUCGCAAGAACGGCCGGCCGGCGACUACGGCCGCGGCGGCGGACGGCGCCAAGACCUACCAGACUUUCAGUAAGCGAGAGCCCAGUCCGGCCGGGACGAUGCAGCGUAACGGGCAUGCGCGCGGGCCGGUGCAGGCCGGCGGGAAUGGCACGAUGGGGCGGAACAAGGAUAAAGAGUAUUAUGUCUGAGUGCGGGUGUUCUGUUGCCGAUUGCUGGUUGGACGCAGAUCGCACGAUGCAUUUACUUUGUGCACAUCCAUGACAGCAACAUGCAACGGUCGACAAAUUUUUCUGAUCAUAUGAGUACAUUAUGUUACCAAAACUUUUAUGCGCUUGGCUGCUGCUAGAAAAAUAUAUAUAAAAGACAACAAAGUUUUUGACGUGCAAAGAGGUCUGAUUUUGUUUUUCAUGACCAACAAAUUGUUUUUGAUAAAG